AAUUGACGGCUAAAUAUAGCAAGAAGGAAGUUUUAAUCAUGGACAUUGGAAACGUUUUUGCUACAUUAUAAUGGAAUAAUGCAUCUAUUUCAAAUAAUGUCUUGUUAACUGAUACGAAUCUCAAAAUAUGGCUCAAAGUGCAAAACAAAACUUCUGUGAAAUGUGCAUGAGUGCACGUGGCAGCCAAUUUUGUUUAGAUUGCAACCAGUAUUUCUGUCCAAAUUGCAAAACGAGUCAUUUGCGAAUUGCUGUUUGUCGAGAUCAUCGAUUCAAGAACUCUGUAAGUGCGACAUCAGACUCGUCACUUUUCUGUCAAGAUCAUAACGAAUCACAUGUUUUCAUUUGUGAUAAAUGUGAUGUUCCAGUGUGUAGAAUUUGCACAGUCAAAAGCCACAAAGGGCAUUCAAUGGCGGACAUUGAAGAAACUGUUUCAAAAAAGAAAAACAUGUUUUUAGCUUCUCUUAAUUCAACCCUUAAUACUGACGAAGUCCUUGAACUAGAAAACAGUGGUACUAAGUUAGAUCAAUACGAAGUCAUGUUAGAUGAAAGCGUAAAUUCAACAGUAGAAAGUAUUCAAAGAGAUGGUGAAAUGAUCAAAUUGUCAGUUGAUAAAGUUGUUGAUCAGAUGAUACAGGAGGUAAAUACAAAGUCAUUCAAGCAGAAAGUUUUGUUAAAUGAAGCAGUAAAGAAGACAAAUGAUGCCAAGGAAUUUACCAAAAGUCUCAGGUGUAAGGAGGCAGAAAUUAGGACAAGCAAAGACACUAUUGGUUUACUACUUGAAAUGAAGUCAUUAGAAUGCAGUUUUGGAAAGAUAAAAAUUCCUUAUAUCCCAACACCACUCACUUUUAAGUACACAAAGUCGAUGGCCAAAGAAGAUGAUAUCAGAGCAUUGAUGGGCAAAGUUGAAAUCAAAGUAAGACGUGUCUUUGUAGAUGAAGAAGAUGUGUUGUCAGGUACAGUUUUCGAAUCUGUACUCAGCCAUGGAACAACAUUAAGAAAUGAAAUUUGUAUGUUGGAGGGUAAACUGAAGACUUUAAAAAAUAAAAAUGAUACACAAGCACUGAUCUUUUUUUACAAAAAUCAGAUGAUGAAUGAAUUAAGUAGAUCCGAUAUUCCGAAAAUUGUUCGAGUUUUCAUAGAAAUCAAAUCAAACAAGAGACCUUUCGUUAUGUCGUCGGUUGAAGAAUUGAAUAUGCACGUGUCAGGGUUAGUCCUAGCUGUUACUAAAGAUCGACCCGAAGCUGAUGUUGUUAUAAUUGACAACGUGGAAUUACCAAAUAAUAUUUAUACAUCUUGGGUUAAAAGUGGAUCGCAUUAUGCAGCGGAAAUUGCCCUUGGUCAAAAUUUUAAAGGAACAUCCAAGCUAAAGCAAGCAGCUUCGAUGCUUGCAAUUCUACAAGGCAUAGGAUUUCAUCAUGAGAUGACGAGAUUGUACUCGACACUUGCAAAAAGUAAGAUACAAGAUAAAAACCAGAGCCAAAUCAUCAAGAGAUUUGAUCCGUAUAGUAUUCUUUUGUUAGGGUCGAUAAAUCUGAUUGAAAAGGGUGUUUGGACUUUUCAAGUAGAAGAUCAAAACAUUGAAGGCUUAAGUGAGCUCGAUAAGGUCGUCCUUAACUUACUAUUUCCUCCAUGUAUUACUAAUGAUUACAAACCAAAAGUAAGCAAAGAAACUGGGUUCUUGUAUUGCGGACGAAGAGUAAUGACAAACCACAAUCAUCCCGCAACAUCACGUACUAAUGGACACUGUGGUCCAGACAACGGUGCAAACUGUCCAUCUUGUAGAACUAUUAAAGAGCAAACAAUCAGUAAAAUGCAGCGGCUUGGUACAUUAGGUAAAUUCCAAGGUUGGAGUGGCAUGGUUUAUUGCAACAGUUCAAAAAAGAAUUGCGGACCAAGUUACGGGAAACCUUGCCAGUCAUGUUAUAAUAAUGUUCUUACUGCAGUCUAGUUUGCUGUUAAUGCAUGUUUAUACCUGUGUUUACAUGGUGUAUGAAAAAGGUCACGCGUAAUUAAAGAACAAUUUAACCCUUAGACAGAACAAGACGCAUUCAUUGCCAUAGUGUUAAUUUUUGUUUUCAUUUUGUAGAUAUCAUUCUUUCAUGUAACAUUUCCCUUGUGUCAUAAAGAUGAUGUAUCAUCAGUAAUAGUUUAGUGAUAAGAGCUUCCAAUUUGACCAUUUGUUUUCUGUUAACCGAAAUUGAUAAAAGUGCAUUCGAAUCAUUUGUACUAUACUGAUAAGUUAUCUAACAUAUAUCAUGUACAUUUUGUCUAAAUAAUCGUAUUGUUUUAUGUGUAUCUUGCAAUACAAUUGUCGGUAAGUUAUGUCUUUUUUCAAGUUUGUCACUGAUGAGUCUUUUGUAUACGAAACGCGCAUCUGGCGUAGAAAAUUAUAAGCACGGUUUCUUUGAUGAGGUUUGUUGCCCUAUUUAAUUCACGGUAGGUAUAGUGUCCGGCUGGGAUCUUGGUUUUUUAGAGUGAUUUGAUCGGUUUUUUUCGAGUGUGACCACUUUUUUUCGAGUGAAUAUGAUCAAUAAUGUAAACAAACCGACUUCCUUUCUGAUAAAACGUGAAAAAGAUGCUAGAACCUGAUAUACAAGAUUGUAGAAGGUAAAUUAGUAUUUUUGAUAAAAAAUAUUAUCAACCCUACAUUAUUUUGAUUUAAAAACGUUAAAUUUAGCCUUAGAAUGCUUUAAUCCAAAAUAUAGAUUAAAGCCAUUUUAUACACAUACCAAUGCACAUGGAAUCUAUAUAUAUUUAGAUAUACAGACACUUUACAAAAAUUCUUGAAUUUGCAUUGAAAAGGACAUUUUGGAGAGUAAAUUCAUUUGUAUAUGUCCGUGUUAUUUCGAGAGCAGUCCGUGUUUUUUCGAGUGUGUCCUUGUUUUAUCGAGUGAAAAAACAAAAUUCAUAUGGCAUAAAAUUUAAUAUGUCAGUUUAUUUACGUUUAAAAAAUAAUGAAAAGGUUCAAAUAAAGUACUUUUCAAAGCACGAAACUAUGCAAAACCAAUUUGAUAAUGCUGCAUUAGCACGUACAAUUCAUUAGAAGUCAUCAGUAGUAGGGGAACACUGUCAUCGUUCAUUUGCAUUCAGAAAUCUUCAUGGUAGUGUAUCGAUAUUGAUUUCAUACAGUAAAUAUAUCGUGAUGUAAACAAUCUUUAUGCGAACUCAAACAUGUUGGACUGAGACGUACGUACACAUAGUGUAAAGCGGGUAAAUGUGUUUUUUUUUACAGAAAAUAUAUCCUUAAUGUUUCAUUUACUAUUUGUCUUGAUGGUAAUACUAGCUAUCUUGGUGUAAUGAGGAGUGUACAGAAUUUUACACAGGUGUUGCAAAUCUUUACACCCUGAGGAGCAGCCGAAGGGCGUAUGCAUUUUCAACACCGGUGUAAAAUUCCGUACACCCCUGAUUGCACCAAGAUUACGAAUUAAUUUCUUAUUUAGCGUUCGUUUACUAUUUUUAUUCCCGGGAAUACAAUUGAAAUCUUAUGACGAACUUCCACUACACAUUUUUCAACACCGACGUUGCUGUGCAUUAUCAAAUACUAUCUAUUUAUUUUUUUUUAUUUGUGGACAGUUUGAAAAUUUAAUUAUUAGGGGAAUAUUGGAGAAUAUUUUUUUUCUUCACCUGGAUUUUUUUUUUGUUUUUUGCAUUUUUUUUAAUAUAUUUUUUUUAUUAUUUCUAUGAUUACUUUUUUCCAAGAUUUUAAUUUUCAUAAUUUGUGGAAAACAUUUUUUGAGGGAAAUUUUUGGCAUAAUUUUGUAUCCCCUAUUGAACUAGGGUGGGGUGUUAUCUACACCCGGGUGAUUAACCAAUCAGAUUGCAAGAUUCGUGCUUCUUAAGAUAUAAUGUGUUAUCGUUCUAGAAAUGGAAAUCAAGAACAAUGUUCAACUGCUCCUACUGUGAAGAGUAGUCUGAUCAAGCGUACUAUACUAUGAUUGGUCACACAGUAAUAAAGCACCACACAUUUA